AGCGCUUCCGGGGCGGUGGCGACGGAGGGAAGUGCGGUGUUCUAGCCGGUGGCUGCUGUCUCUGGGCGGGCCGUGGGAGGCUCCCGAGGUGGGGGCCGGGCCGGGAUGGCUGCAGCGGCGGCCGGGGCCGGGAGCGGGCCCUGGGCGGCCCAGGAGAAGCAGUUCCCGCCGGCGCUGCUGAGUUUCUUCAUUUACAACCCGGGCUUCGGGCCUCGCGAAGGAGAGGAGGAAAAUAAGAUUUUAUUUUAUCAUCCAAAUGAGGUAGAAAAGAAUGAAAAGAUUAGAAAUGUCGGAUUGUGUGAAGCUAUUGUACAGUUUACAAGGACCUUUAGCCCAUCAAAACCUGCAAAAUCUUUACAUACACAGAAGAACAGACAGUUCUUCAAUGAACCAGAAGGAAAUUUCUGGAUGGUCAUGGUUGUUCGGAAUCCUAUAAUUGAAAAACAGAGUAAAGAUGGAAAACCAGUUAUUGAAUAUCAAGAGGAGGAGUUGUUGGACAAGGUUUAUAGUUCAGUGCUGCAGCAGUGCUACAGCAUGUACAAGCUUUUUAAUGGUACAUUUCUGAAAGCCAUGGAGGACGGAGGCGUCAAGCUUCUGAAAGAAAGAUUAGAGAAAUUCUUCCAUCGGUAUUUGCAAACGCUACAUUUGCAGUCAUGUGACCUACUUGACAUUUUUGGUGGAAUCAGCUUCUUCCCAUUGGAUAAAAUGACUUAUUUGAAAAUCCAGUCCUUUAUUAAUAGAAUGGAGGAAAGCCUGAAUAUAGUCAAAUACACUGCUUUUCUCUAUAACGAUCAGCUCAUCUGGAGUGGAUUAGAACAAGAUGACAUGAGAAUUUUAUACAAAUACCUUACCACCUCCCUUUUUCCAAGGCACAUCGAACCUGAGUUAGCAGGAAGGGAUUCUCCAAUAAGAGCAGAAAUGCCAGGAAAUCUUCAACACUAUGGAAGAUUUCUUACCGGACCCUUGAACCUUAAUGAUCCAGAUGCAAAAUGCAGAUUCCCCAAAAUUUUUGUAAAUACCGAUGAUACUUAUGAAGAGCUCCAUUUAAUUGUUUAUAAGGCCAUGAGUGCGGCUGUGUGCUUUAUGAUCGACGCCUCUAUCCACCCAACGCUGGAUUUUUGCCGAAGACUGGACAGCAUCGUUGGGCCCCAGCUCACAGUGCUGGCCUCUGACAUCUGUGAGCAGUUUAACAUCAACAAGAGGAUGUCUGGGUCUGAGAAAGAACCCCAGUUUAAGUUUAUCUACUUCAACCACAUGAAUCUCGCCGAGAAGAGCACAGUUCACAUGAGGAAAACGCCCAGUGUGUCGCUCACUUCCGUGCACCCAGAUUUAAUGAAGAUUCUCGGUGACAUCAACAGUGACUUUACCAGAGUGGAUGAAGAUGAGGAGAUUAUCGUGAAGGCCAUGAGUGACUACUGGGUUGUUGGAAAGAAGUCUGAUCGGCGGGAGCUCUAUGUUAUCUUGAAUCAAAAAAACGCAAACCUCAUUGAAGUAAAUGGGAGAAGCUGCCAGGUUCACGUAGCCGUUACAGCUAUCCCUCUGUGCGCCAGCAGAAUAAGGCAGACAUUUUCUCCUGCCUUCCUGCCAGAGUGGCCAGCCUUGCCCACUGCACGGGGUGACCCGGCAGCUGCUCUGCUGACAGCUCGGCUGCCCUGGAGAGAGGGGACCCACCUCGGCAGAGCUGCCCCCUUGGGAGAUGCCCCACGUGUAUACUGUGUGGAAAUUCAGUAAGAGGUCAAGAAACUUUGUGCAACGCAGUUCAACAACAUCUUCUUCUUGGAUUGACUGAUGAUGGCUCACCGAGAGCGUAUUUAAAAACACUCGGCAAACAUUUGGUCCUAUGCAAGUUAGUGGUCAUAUGACGGACUGCAUUCAGGACAAGGGUAAAGCACUACUUGCUUUGAAGAAUCACAUUUCUACUCGGUCUGCUGAUCUCCUGAGGUUUUUAGAUUUUCAAUAUUUAUGUGGAAUUAAUUAAAGGUAGAUGGCUAUAUCGCUAUCAUUCCAUUCUUUUGACAUGUGAAUAUUUUACUGGAAAAUAAGACUAAUAAAUUGUUAAAAGGUUUUAAAA